UUCUACUUAAAUUUUUGCUUAUUCACAUUCGUUCACAUCAAAAUUUCUCUUUACAGACUUCUCUACUUAUUAGACUUUCGCCUCUUGUUUUGUUCUACAGAAGAUAUCAUGGAUUGGUCACAAAAGCUUUCCUUUACAGCUUUUCUCAUUGUUACAGCAGCCAUUCAUGGAGCUUAUGGAGAUGCUAUGGUCACUGGUACUGUUUUUUGUGACCAAUGCAAAGAUGGCCAAAUAUCCCUUUACGAUUAUCCUUUAUAUGGAAUUAAGGUGAAAAUGGCAUGUUCAGGCAGUAAUGGGCAAUUUACUAUGUGGAGAGAAGAAACAACUAAUUGGUUGGGAAACUAUGCUAUGAAAUUUGAUGGCGCGCCGGACUUAAGUCGUUGUUAUGUGCAGGUUUCGGGUAAUGGGCAAGGAUCGGGCUGCCGGGCAGCUGCUGGUCCAGCCAGUUCUCUGAGAUUAAUGUUCAGGAUGUUUGAUAUGGAAAUGUACACUGUGGAUCCUUUGCUUUCUCAGCCUGCACAGCCGAUGCCCUUCUGCCCAAGAUCCUAUACCCCGGCACCGGUCACUCCGGCUAAUCCUCCACCUGCACCGGUCACCCCCACUAAUCCUCCACCUGUAAGGCUUCCACCACCGCCUCAACCACCAACGGCAUCACCAUUGCCCAAGUUACCGCCACUGCCCCCAGCUCCAUUUUUAGAAGCUUCAGCUUGCUCACACCAGCAGUGGAUGAUGCCGGAACAUAGAUGCUAUUGGAAGGUGGUUACCCCCGACACCAAAGUAGCUGUGGUUUUUGGGCUUGUAGCUGCUCGGAAAUAUGGCACGGACAUGACCCUGGUGCAAAGCAUGAAUGGGAGAGCUGAUCCGUAUAGAACCCUUCUAAGGGAAGGUACAACUGCCCUUCUUAACUCCUACAAUAGCCUUCAGUUCCCAUAUCAUCCUCUAGAUGUAAUCCAAAACAUGAACUGGGCACUGAUGGGAUCUACUCAACACGUCCUUCGCACUGCGCUGAGAUUCAUGAGGGCAAACUCAGGCAAUGGUGCUGCCACCUGCAAGCUUACUCCUUGCAAAUGAUCCGUUCUUCGUUUUGAAUCAAUAUCUAUAGCUUCUUCUUAUAAUAAUUCUGCGGUUAUAUUGUGUUCAUUUAUGCUGUUUGUUGAUCGAGAUGGUGGCUUCAGAUAAUUCUUCUUCGUUGGAAGUGAUUUAAGGAGAUAAAAUUUCUUUACUUGAAUUGAUUAUAGUAACACCAUGGUUGUAGAAUGUCUGUCUUGUAAUAAGUUACUGGUGUUUGCAAUGUACUGCAUUAUCUUCCAGCGACACAUUAUAAAUUCAUUAUUGGAUUUGCUUUUCGCUUA